GGGGAGGUAACUCUAAACAACAUUUGAGCUGAAAAGUGUGGUCCUGCACAGUGGGUCGUUGAAAACUAGUAUCAUUUAUUGUGUAUGACUGAAACUUUCAAGUAGCUAUGUAUCCAGUUACAAGAUGAUGUGAUAUAUAGGUCUACAGCUAGAAUCCAUCUUUGUGACUAAUGAGGGAGAGACAAAUCUCGGAGUAAAGCAGAGUGUUUACAGAAUGAGGCGGUCAGAAUGGCUAGUGAGGGUGAAUGUUGUAGCCAUUUUGCUGGAUCUUUGUGGAUAUGUGAUCUCCAGAGAUGUGCUGCCUCAGUCUGAAAUCUACCUCCCGGAUUAUACAGUGUAUCAUAACUAUUCCACCAUUAAAUAUCAGCUCAAAAACCUCAUCAGCAAUAAUCCACAAUUCAUCAAAGCUGACUGGACAUAUCGUUCCAAACAGGAUAGGCCACAAAUUCUUUUACAUGUGUCAAAUUUUACAAAUACAUUUCCUAAGUUAAAAUUAUUAUUUUCAUAUGGUGAGCAUGCCAGGGAGUUUUUCCCUGUGGAAACUAUGUUUGCGCUUUUACAUACUUUGUUGCAUGGAGUGAUGUCAUCAACAGACAGCCAUGAACAUUUGUCCUCCAGAAUGGUCCUCUCAAAUUUUGACCUCUACAUCAUUGUUAUGGCCAAUCCGGAUGGAAGACACUACUUGGAAAAAUCCCAGAAUUAUUGUUGGCGGGGAACUAGCACAGGUGUUGAUCUCAAUAGGAACUUUGAUUGGCAGUUUGGAAAUUUGGGAAGUUCUAGUAAUCAUGAAGAUGAAGAAUAUAGAGGUCAGAAUGCAUUUUCGGAGCCAGAGAGUGAGAUUUUCCAGCAUGUUACUUCCCAACACAAAUUUGAUGCAUUUUUCUCCUUCCACUCCGGAAUUAGACAGAUUUAUUUACCUUAUGCAGAUACUCGGUCAAAACAGCUACAACUUCAUCAUGAUAAUUUCCACAACUUGCUGGAAUUAGCCAAGCAAAUGUCACAUGCCACAAAAUAUUACUUCAGAUAUGGAGAAGGCUAUACCCUGAAUGAUUACACAGCUGAUGGAACGAUAUUUGACUACAUGGCUGGAGUGCGGAAGAUUCCAUAUUCAUAUGCUGUGGAGUUAUGGGGAGAAGGAGACCACGAAGGGGCUCGUUGUUUUGACCUCUUUAACCCAAGAAGUGAAGAUUUAAAGGCUGCUGUGACUGAUAUACUCCCACUAUACUGGACUAUAUUCCAGUAUUUUCACCACAUCCACCAGAGCUCUUCCAGGCAUGGAGGUCAUUCUGUAUAUAUGCCCACCCCAUACCCAAUGCUAAGCUCAGAUGUCCUGCGUUUUGGUCAUGUUUUACUGGUUGGUGUGGUCGCACUGACAUGUUAUUUUGCCGUCCACAAUUACCUGCCUUCUUGUCUUCGAUGUUUUCCAAGGCGGCGAAUUAUAAGCCUUCGCAAUCUAAGCUCCACUUUUACAUCAUUUUCAUCAAUGAAGACCACAUGAUAUGUUAUAUUUUCAUUAAAAAAAAAAAUAAUAAUACUAUCAAGAACAUUCCCUUUUCAUGAAGAAUAAACUGUAAAUAGCAAUAGUGUAUUUUGUGUAGUAUAUGUUACAUUUUUAUAUGUGUUAUUUGGGCUGUGGCUGUGUGUGUGGUGAGCAGUGACAGGUGAACUUAUCAUAAUUUGAGAACUGAGGUCAGGGGACCAAUGUUAUUAGAACAACACUGUGUAAACUUUGACAGAAGAGCACCAUUAAUAAAUAUGUUGAUAUAUAUACUCCACAGAAAGAAAGUUGUGUUAUUUUCUACAGGGUCUGCCAGGAACCUGUGGAUGGUCAUGGGUUUCCCCCAGUGUCAUCCCACCAUAAUGCUGGUCGCCGUUGUAUAAGUGAAAUAUUCUUGAGUACGGCAUAAAAAACAAUCAAACAUUUUCUACAGUUAAGAUGGUAAUGCUAGACCAGUACUAAUGUGGCCGUUUGUGUAGUUUAAUGUUUGUUGUCUUUCAGCAGAAUGGCAUACAUAUCUGGUCUUCCCAGGUUGGUGGUUUACCCGGUGCCCUCAGGUUUAGUCCACCCAUAAGACUAACCAUGAUCAUGGCAGAGAAAAAUAUGGCAUUUUGAAUAUGGCAUUAAACAGCCAUAAAUAAACAAACACUUUCAUGGUUGCUUUGUGGAAGAUGUGAUUAUUUUACCAUCAUUUUGUUUCAUGUGUUAAUUCUGAUUAUGGUUUGCAUGGAUAAUUUAAUGGAGAAGUAUUUGGAUGUAAGACAUCUUGCUGAUAUAGUAUCUUUCCAAUAUCUUGAUGAAGUAUUGUCUUUUACACAACUUACUGAUGUAGCUUCUGUUAAACUUAUAUGAAAAUCACACAAAUCUCAUAAAACGAUAUUUUUGUUUGCUAUACUUGUUUUGUAAUGUAAUUAUCCAUGCAAAUUUUGGCAGAGAAAUGUCAGACCAUAUAUGGAAGAAUUUCAUACAAGACUCAUUAUCAGUGUUAAAUUACGCUGAAUAUUAACUUAAAGUUGCCAAAUUAUUUUCAUGUUUGAAGAUUUGUAUACACUAUUAUUAUUUCAAUUUUGAUCAGGAAAAUACUUGGACGCAUUCCUGUUUUCUUGUCAUGGAUGAUCAUAUGAAAGGCUUGACAGGUAUAAAUAAAACUAAAUACUGUUUUUGGUACUGAAACUAACAUUUUUCCAGUAGGGUAUCAUCUGACUGUUCAAACAAACCUGAUAGCACCUUUCUGUAAUCAAUCAGGAAAAAUGAGCAAGUUAGUCAUGAACGAAAUUUAUGGUCAUUUUGGGGUAUGCCCUAUACAUUUCGACCAUCGCAUAGGUUGGUGACCCACAUUUCCUCCAUCACACAGGAUGGGAGCCCACAUUUCGUCCAUCACACAGGAUAGUGUUCCACAUUUCCUCCCUCACACUGGAUGGUGUUCCGCAUUUCCACCAUCACACAGGAUGGUGUCACAUUUCCUCAAUCACACUGGAUGGUGCUCCGCAUUUCCUCCAUCACACAGGAUGGUGGCCCACAUUUCCUCCAUCACACUGGAUGGUGUUCCGCAUUUCCUACAUCACAUUGCAUGGUGGCCCACAUUUCUUCCAUCACACAGGAUAGUGUUCCACAUUUCCUCCCUCACACUGGAUGGUGUUCCGCAUUUCCACCAUCACACAGGAUGGUGUCACAUUUCCUCAAUCACACUGGAUGGUGUUCGGCAUUUCCUCCAUCACACAGGAUGGUGGCCCACAUUUCCUACAUCACACAGAAUAGUGGCCCACAUUUCCUCCAUCACACAGAAUAGUGUUCCACAUUUCCUCCAUCACACUGGAUGGUAUUCCGCAUUUCCACCAUCACACAGGAUGGUGGCCCACAUUUCUUCCAUCACACAGUAUAGUGUCCCACAUUUCCUCCAUCACACAGGAUGGUGUCUAACAUUUCCUGUGUCAUACAGAAUGGUGUCCCACAUUUCCUCCAUCACAAAGGGUGGUGUCGCACAUUUCCUCCCUCACACAGGAUGGUGUCCUACAUUUUGUCCAUCACACAGGGUGUUGUCCCACAUUUCCGCCAUCAUACGGGAUGGUGUCUCACAUUUCUUCUGUCACAAAGGAUGGAGUCCCUCAUUUCCCUGGCACUGAGCAACUCCCACUAUGACCCAUGAUGACACCAAUGGUAGUGAGCCACACUGGAUAGUAGUGUUAAA